AAAGCGCUCGGUGAGUGACUAUAUUUAAAUGCACGUUUCAUUUUACAAAUCCUAGAAAAGCAGCGCCCUCUGCCGUUGCUAUGGAGACAGUGCGGCUGCUACCUCCCCAGCUAGCAUUAGCAGUAGCAUUACCGAGCUGUUGCGUCCAUCUUGUUUUAGCUUUAGCUAGCCCGGCUAACGUUACCCCCUUGCAGUGCCGAGCAGCAGAGAUGGAUGACGGCGAGGAGCCGGGUCUGGUCCUCUCCCACAACACCCACAACACCCACAACACCUCCUCGGGCUCCAAGUCGGGCGGGGACAAGAUGUUCUCCCUGAAGAAGUGGAACGCUGUGGCGAUGUGGAGCUGGGACGUGGAGUGCGACACCUGUGCCAUCUGCCGGGUGCAGGUGAUGGACGCGUGUCUCCGGUGCCAGGCGGAAAACAAGCAGGAGGAUUGUGUCGUUGUGUGGGGAGAGUGCAACCACUCCUUCCAUAACUGCUGCAUGUCCCUUUGGGUGAAGCAGAACAAUCGCUGUCCCCUGUGCCAGCAGGACUGGGUGGUUCAGAGAAUUGGUAAAUAAGCUCCACGUCCAUGGCGGUCUGACUCUCAGACGACACCUGUAUGCACCCAAACACGGUGACAGACUUGACAAGGAUCACUGCAGCGUCCUGCGCAGAGCCACUGACAUCGACAACUGUCCUCCCACUUAUGAUCGCAUGUUCCUGUCGCCCCGGUUUCGAAGGAGGACGAUGGACAAAAUUUAAAGCAGCACAGACUCGCCUGUUAAUGUGGCUGGAGGCCUAAAGAGUCAUGAGGAGACAGGUGACACUUGUUUGCUGUGUCACACUAUAUUAAUGUCUGUGGUGGUGUUGGGCACAUCUGAUGUGACUGUCUUUUUAAAAAUAAAGAAUUGUGAAUAGCUGUAAA